UCAAAAUCUUUAAUCUACUCCUAUUCAAAUGAAAUAGAAUGUUAAACUCAUCGACAGAUUCUUUUCUUCACUAUGAAUCUACUGUAUAUUUAUUGCAUAACUGUAUUGCAGGUUACAUAGACUCGCAAUUCAUCUUUAAUCUCGCCGAGUCUUCAAGCACAGGCUGUUCAGAAGAUGCGGACCUCGCUUUCCUCGUUGACACAUCUAGAAGUCUGGGUCUACAAGCCUACCAGAAAGAGCUCCACUUCGUGGAACGAGUCUUGGAAGGAUACCAGAUAGGACCCAACAAAACCAAAGUAGCGGUCAUAACCUUCAGCGCUGGCAGUAGACUGGAAUUUGACUUCAAUAGAUAUGACACCAAAGAAGCUGUUCUACGAGCAAUCAGGGGUCUUUCGUACACUGACGGGAUGUGUACAACCAUCUACAGGGCACUGAAACAAGCCAGGCAGGAAGUGUUUGUUGCGCACGCGGGCGACAGACCAGGUUUUAAGAAUUUGGUCAUUAUUCUGACGGAUGGAGAAACAAAUCCAGGCAGGUAUGACCUGUAUAGUCUGCCAAUGGCCAAAACCUUGACGAGAAAGGAAGCUAACAAACUGAAGUUCCAUGGUGUAGAGGUAUUUGGUAUUGGGGUGGGCCACCGUGUGGAUCACGCGGAGAUGGUGGGAAUAUCUAGUGGCGCGAAGAACUACUACCGCGUGGACGACAUUGACAGUCUGGAAAAAUCCAGACUGUUUAGAAUACUCCUCAACAAUCUCUGCACAAGAUGCAGUAACAAACCAGCGGACAUCUUCUUCAUUGUGGACAAAUCCUCCAGUCUCGGUAGCGUGGCGAACUUUGACAAGGAACUUUCCUUCAUCGCCAGAUUUGUAGAGGGGUUUACCAUCGGACAGGGCAGUGAAGACGUGAGGAUAGGGGUCAUAUCCUUCAGCACGGACGCUCGGUUAGAGUUCGGGCUUGCUGCUCAUGGCGAUAAAAGGAGCUUGCAGGACGCAUUGCUGAAUAUUGAAUACUCACUUGGGAAUACGUACACUCACAAAGCGUUUGAAAUUUUACUCGAUCAGGGAUUCUCGGUCUCCCCACGACCUAGCACUGUGCCUCGUAUAGGUAUCAUCAUGACGGAUGGCCAAUCUACGAAUCCAUACAAACUAGAGGAUGUGUUGAUGCUGGUCAAACUAAGAGGGAUAGAAAUAUUCUCAAUCGGUUUUGGAAGCGUGGACGUUACAGAACUGAAUAUGAUGGCAACGGUUCCGGAUCACACUCGCGUGUUCGUGGUAGAUGAUAUUCAUACGCUGGACACAGUGCGGGACGAACUAUAUUUAGAGAUCUGUAAUUUGAUUGGAUAACUAAACGUUCUAGUUACUGAACCAAAUCUACCUCAUGUAUAUAUAUUGUAUAGUCUUCUCAAAUUCAAAUUACUGUUUAAAUGAAUGAAAAACUACAGUUACUUAAACAGGUUCAUAGUGUACGUUGAGUUUCGCAGCUUUAUGUGUAUGUAAGGUUUGCCAAGUUGAAAUUAAAAAGUUCAAUGAUAUUUAA